CUGGAUUCUUCGAGCCCGGCUGGAGGAGCAGCACGGAAUGGACGUGGUGCUUUACGGAUCGCGAUGCGGAAUCCAUCUGCGGUAGAAGGAACCAGGGUGGAUUCCUCAGGAUGGGUCCCCCAUGCCUCCAGUUGCCCCUCUUGCUGCUCUUGCUGCUGUGCCCGGCAGGAGCCUCCUUGCGGAUCUGUGCCUUCAACACUCAGCGCUUUGCCCAAGGAAAGGCAGACAAACCUAACGUCAUGGAAACACUUGUCAAGAUCCUGGUUCGUUGCGAUAUUUCUGUCCUACAAGAGGUGAUGGAUGCAAAGGGAAAGGCAAUUCCUGCCUUGGUGGAUGCCCUGAACCGGUUUGAUGGUGGCUCUGGGUCCUACAGCUACCACUCCAGCGCUCCACUGGGCCGAGGCAACUACCAGGAACGCUAUGUGUUCAUAUAUAGGAACCAGAAGAUUCGGGUGUUGGCCUCUUAUACAUAUGAAGACAACCAUCCAGACCGACCCGACGUCUUUGCACGGGAGCCCUUCAUUGCCCACUUCAGCUUGCCAAGCAAACAGCUUCCAGAGCUGGUGUUGAUCCCACAGCACACGAGGCCUACAAUGGCAGAGGCUGAAAUGGAUGCUCUCUAUGAUGUUUUCCUGGAUGUACAGGCACGCUGGGGCACGGAGGACAUGAUUUUCUUGGGUGAUUUCAAUGCUGACUGUGGCUAUGUGGCAAAGAAACGCUGGAAAGAUAUCCGUCUGCGUCGGGAGCCUGGCUUUCACUGGCUCAUUGGGGACACAGCAGACACCACCGUCCGAGAGAACACCCGCUGUGCCUAUGACAGGAUCGUGGUACACGGCCAACGCUGCUUGGCUGCCAUUGUGCCUGGAUCAGCUCAACCAUUUGAUUUCCCCAAGAAAUUUGGACUCUCGGAGGAAAAGGCCUUGGAGAUCAGUGACCAUUACCCUGUGGAGGUGGAGCUGAGCUCAGGCUGCUGGGGACUCCAGCCCAUCAGUCCGGCCAGUCUUGUGGUGCUGGCCAUAGCUAUGCUGUCUUGCUUGUUCACGGUAUAGAAGAUACAUUUGACUGGAGAAAUCCUAGGACUGAAAGACGUUGUGUAAAGUUUCCAGAUGUCAGGAGCUGCUGGAUCUGUGCGAGGCUCCCCUGCGUGGUAAACAGUGGGACUGCAGGAAGCAGUUUCUCAGUGAAGAACCUUCAGGCCUUGCCGCUGACUCAGGCUGGCCCUUGGAUCCACCUGGCCAGGAAGGAGUAUAAGGCGGCUUCCUGUUCCAGUUGAGCCAUGCUCAAGCAUCAAGGGCUUUCUGAGUUCUGGUCUGUGCCUGGGUUUUUGUUUACUCUUUGGUUCUUGCUACCUCCUGGCCGCUGCUCCUCAAUCGUGCUCAGUGUCAGCUCCAAGUUUUUGCAGGCCCUUGGGCAAGAACCCUCAAUGGUUCCCCUCCCUCAGUGAAUCCACCUACCAACGAUUGCCACCACCUGCUAUUGCUCCUCUCUCUCAUCGCUACUAAUUGCUUGCUUGAGAGCAUCUGCUGCUCCUCCCCCUCCUCAACACCUCUGUUGGUGGGCCCCAGCGAGAGGCAGGUGAACAAGCAGGUUGCAAUAGUGAAAGGGAGAAGCAACUCGUCUCUGUGUGUGGGUUAUUAGUCCGCCCCUCCUGCUGGAGUGUGUGCCCCCAGCAAGUGCCUGACUAUGCUAACCCAUGAUCCUACCUCCUGGCAAUGCUGUGGUUUUGACUUUUUCUUUGGUCCUGAGUAUUGGCUGACCACAUGGCUUCUGCCCAUGAUCUAGCCCAGGCCCAGCUCUAAUAUUAGACAGACUGAGGUGACUACCUCAGGCUAGGGUGACCAUAUGAAAAGGAGGACAGGGCUCCUGUAUCUUUAACAGUUGUACUGAAAAGGGAAUUUCAUCAGGUGUCAUUUGUAUAUAUGGAAAACCUGGUGAAAUUUCCUCUUCAUCGCAACAGUUAAAGCUGCAGAUGUCCUGCCCUCUUUUCAAUCUGGUCACUCUAGUAUAGCUCCUGCAGCUUUAACUGUUGUGAUGAAGAGGAAAUUUCACCAGGUUCUCCAUAUAUACAAAUGACACCUGCUGAAAUUCCCUUUUCAAUGCAACUGUUAAAGAUACAGGAGCCCUGUCCUCCUUUUCAUAUGGUUACCCUACCUCUGGCAGCAAAUGCCACCCAUACACUGUGAUAGCCAGUGAAUUCAGGUAGGUGGGGACACUCCCACUCACCCAGAGCUCCAUCAGACAACGAAAAUCACAUUUGCUUACUGUCGCUUCUCCACCCACGCAUUUGUCCCCCAUUACUUCCUCUUUUGAAAGAGGAAGUAAACAAUGUGCACAUGGGCCAUUCAGUGAGCCAUUUUGAUUGUGCUGUUUCUCCUGCACACAGCAGGAGAGAGCGGCAACUUCUGUCUUUAAAAUAAAUUGGACUUACUAGGGUUGUUUUCUGUGGUGCAAAGAAGGCUAGAAGGGGUGGGAGGUGCACAGGAGGUAGACGACGUCGUGAGAGGGAUGCACGAAAAUCCUUGAGUGCCCAGUAAUUAAUGUGCAAUAAAACGCUCGUCUGAUGGAGCUCCCAGUACACCUCCUCCCCUGCCAACCAGGAGCUCCCCUGCAUGUGGGAAUGAGUGCCUCACCUGUAUGUGGGAGGUGCUGUUCCCCACUGCUCAAAUCCACAUGGUCACUCAGAAACCUCCCCCACUUGCUACUUUAACUUUGUAUUUUAACCAACAAUAUGAAAAAUAGUUCUAAUGAAUGCUCGCCACCAUCAAAAUCUCUCUUGGUGUGAAAAGCUAGCAUGUUAGGCAGAUUUUUAAGUACUGGGAGCAUACAACAUGCAACACCCUGCCACAAUUCUGAAGCUGUGGUACCAUCCUAUUUGGGCUUUUUUUUUUAACCUGAUGGUGUAGGAUCAGCCUUCCCCAACCUGGUGCCCUCCAAAUGUUUUAGAUCACAAUGUCCAGCAUUCUUCAUCAUUGGCUAUGCUGGCUGAGACUAAUGGGGAUUUAAAUCCAAAGCUUGGAGGAAGGCUGGUGUAGAUCUUCUUUAGAACAGGGUAUCUCUCAGAGAUGCUUUCCAACUUAAACUAAAAAGUGUCUCUAUAGCCUCUCUAAUCCUCCCACUACUGAAGUCCUCUUUAGGAAGAACUAUUUAUAAAGUUUUAUCUACAUCUACCUCUCUAUCAUUUAAAGCCGUUCACUGCCUUUUACAUCGUCUCAGUCCUCAAUGGACAGAGCAGGUUAAUGAACCCUACGGAGCAUGAUCCGUGAGUACACCUGUAGGGUUCAUUUUUCAAAAACUUAAAGAACUGAUCACAUGUCUCAUUUUUUCUGAAGAAAAGAAUAACUUGGGUCAAAGAGGACUUCGUAAAAGGUUUAAAAAUAGGAACUGUAUUCUGAGACUGGGAAGGAGCUUUCAAACUUCUUGUCUUUCUUAGCUCAGGGAACUUCUAGGGAUGUUUGAGAAAUGUACCAGAUUCAAAUGAGUUCAGAUUUCCAUGAAUCCAAUCUGCAGAUUCUGCCGCGGACUGGCCUUUACCAAGUCACAGGGAUUCCGUGGAAUUGCAGACCAGUUUUUCACUGCAUGGGGGUUGGAAUUUGCACUAAUGUGAAUCAGCACCAAUGUGAAUCAGCACAUUGGCAUAUGUAGGUGCACAUUAGUAGAAGUAGAAUGGAAUUCUGGUUUUUAAAAAAGCCCUUCAAUUCCAUCAAUGAGCAGAUGAUGGAAUGAAAGGUGCCUGACAACCUGCAAAAUACAGAUGGAAUGGACUUAAUAAAAUAUGUACAUUCUUAGGAACAUCUCUCUAGACAACAAUAUGGCCAAGGCGUGUGUGUUUGUGUGUGUGUGUUAUUCCACCCACUUAUACUGCAUGAAUAAGUGUGGACUUGUUUUAUCCUGUAUAAAGAGUUGCAUAGUAUAAGCAAUAGCCCUAGCCAAUUGCUGUCUGAAAUACCUCUCAAACUGAGAAGAUCGAAUACCCACUUUAAAAGGCAAUGCAGUAAAUCAGUGCAGGUGCUAUGGAGCUUUUAUAUUGUUUCAUCCUUCAUCUGAAGUUCACUUCCCUCUCUAGCUAGAAAGAGACCUAUAAAGAAGGAUGAGGAUGGACUGUGUAUGUAAUUGGGAUUUCCAUAAAGUUUUAUGAAACCUC